UUCACUGUCCCACACACAGCACUGACAAGUUGCAGCCGCUCUCAGCUGUCUCACUCCAGUAAUAGAACAAUGAAGAACACAGCAUCGACUCAACUAAGAGGACAAUAAUCUAAAACCAGAGAAAUUCCCCUGCCCAGCCUGCUUAAGUACAACCAGGAAUCCAAUUAGUUGCAAACUACUGAAGUGAGAUCUACAACAGUAUGUUUUACACGAAUCCUUCCCCUCGUCAGACGCUGAGAACAUCUAGGACCAUCAGAUAUUCACAUUACAGCUACUCAAAAGUCUGCUAAACACAGGUUUUGAAACUGCUUCACACAGCCCUGUUGGAACAAUGCUGAAACUCACCAUUAGCCUCUUCCUGCUGAUCAGACUAGCAGGAGCCGAAAAGGCCCCCACAGGAACCGAUGCAGACGACCGCGCACAGACCGGGGAGCCCAACAGUCGCAAUGCUCGAUCCCCCGAGAGUACACCAUCCACCAGGUGUACCUACACCUUCAUUGUCCCACAGCAACGGCUGACUGGCCCCAUCUGCCUAAGUACCAAGGCGCUGGCGAGCGGAAAUGACGCCGUGAACAAGAGCGAGCUGCUGGCGGUGCGGGAUCAGAUGCGCGAGCAGCAGCAGCAGAUCGAAGACCUCAGGCAGAUGGUGGAACUGGACGGAGGCGUGAUCGACGAAGUCAAGUCUCUGCGCAAGGAAAGCCGCAACAUGAACUCCAGAGUAUCUCAGCUCUACGCCCAGUUGUUGCAUGAGAUCAUACAGAAGAAAGAUGACUCCCUGGAGAUCUCCAGGCUGGAGAACAAGGUGCUCAAUGUCACGGCCGAAGUGCUGAGGUUGUCGAUCAGGUACAGGGACUUGGAGCGCAAGUACACAGCCCUCACCACCUUCAUGAACAACCAGAGCCGCACUAUUGCUCAGCUGGAGGAACAGUGCAGACAGGCCAUCCCUGUGCACAAUCAACAGAACCAACAGCAGGGGUCAGGACAAGCAUCUCUUGUCACUAUCACAGCCAACAGUCUGAAUGGCAGCACCAACAAGAGCAAGGGUCUGAUCUCUGGCAAUGAAAUAUUGAGAGAUCAGGUAUACAGCAUGACACAGGACAGACUGAAGAGAAUGGAACAGUCUCUUCCUACUACAGUUCCAAUUGUGACAACUACCAAGUCAUCAGGUCCCUGGAAAGACUGCCUCCAGGUUUUGGAAGAAGGUCACAGAGCCAAUGGAAUUUACCUGAUCAAGCCUAAAAACAUCAAUCGACUGAUGCAAGUGUGGUGUGAACAGCAGAGGGACACUGGUGGUUGGACAGUCAUCCAGAGGCGCCAAGACGGGUCGGUCAAUUUUUUUAGGACUUGGGAGAAUUACAAGCAAGGCUUUGGGAACAUAGAUGGCGAGUACUGGCUAGGCUUGGAGAACAUCUACUGGCUGACAAAUCAGGAUGAUUAUAAACUCCUCAUCCUCAUGGACGACUGGCAAGGGAGGAGAGUGUUUGCCGAGUAUGACAACUUCCAUCUGGAAUCAGAGAGAGACUUCUACAGGUUGCGACUGGGCUAUUAUCAUGGGAAUGCUGGAGACUCCUUAUCCUGGCACAACAACAAGCAAUUCACCACUCUGGACAGAGACCGGGACCAAUAUUCAGGUAACUGUGCCCACUAUCAGAAAGGAGGUUGGUGGUACUACACCUGUGCCCACUCAAACCUGAAUGGAGUAUGGUAUAAGGGAGGGCACUAUCGCAGCAAGUACCAAGAUGGUGUUUACUGGGCUGAAUUCCGUGGAGGAGCCUACUCCUUGAAGAGAGUAGUGAUGAUGAUACGUCCAAGCUAGACAUUUAUGUAAUAUAUUCACUACUGGACCACAAUCAUAUAUAGAAUAUAAUCAAUAACAAUAUUAUUGUUAGGUAACUCUUCAUACUUUUAAAAUACUGUUAUAAAUUGUUUUAUAAACAAAGAUACAGACAACAGAACUACCUACUUAAAGCAUUACAUCUCUACAAAUACACAUAUGCAGACCCAGAAGGAGGGGGGUACCCUCUCACAGGCUGAAUAUUCCAGUGGUCUAUAAUGCUGUUGGCUCCUUGAGGUUCGUGUCCUUGAUUUAAAAAGCUAUAUUUUGCUGCAAUGAAUAGUGUGCUCCUCUGUACAUAGGAGCAUAUUGUGCCAAGAUCCACCCACUGAACCAAUCAUUUCCUAGGACUGCAUCCCUUUCAUAUAUACAAAAGCAGUAAAGCAGCUAAAACAAAAUUUUUCUGUAGUCCCUUUUUAGUGAAUUGUAUGUUAAAAUUUGGAGGAGAGACAGCCAUCUUGAAAAAGUCAGGGAAAAAAAAACAAACAUAGCCUGAUUUAGCUCCAUGUUCCAAACUGGUGCAGAUAAAGGACAGCACAAUUAUUAGAUGUGGUGGAACCAUCACAAGAGGGAAUGUCAAAGACCGGUAGUGGAGCUGGUAGACCAAAGAGCUUCUGGCAUGGUAGCAAACUGUGCCAUUAACAUGGAACAUCAAGUAUGCAAUUGGAAUUCACAAGUCUUGCACUAUUAACUACUCAACUUUGCACUUUGGGAUUGUUCUAAAACAAUUACAGCAUCACUACAGAAGUUAUGUUGUGGUACAUGGAAAUCUGUAACAUGGAAAUCUUUUCUGAAAUCAGGAAAGACUUGUAACAAAUAGCAGCAAAGUUGGGAUGGUUACUAGGGCUAGAUGGUGACUGAAAAAUGAAAUGAAUUUGGUAUUAAUAUCCAUUUGGGACUUGGAGUUUGGAACUCUGUUGGCAAACUAACAAUUCCUUAUCUCUUGGACUGGAUUCCAGUAAAGCAUUAGAACUACUGUAGCACAUGGUAGCAAUUCACUGCUGCUCUUGAAGUUUGCUUCACAUUGUUCAAAAAGCAUGAGGUGGAAUGACCUGAAACGUAGUGCGACCUAAAACAGAGUCUGGAUGUCCUUCAAAUGCAAAGACGAUUGUAAUGUUAAACAGCCUCUCUCCAACCCAAACACAACUAUAGAUCCUCCAGAUGGAUGCAUAUUAUAGUGCCUCUUCCUAGAUUAAUGAGGAACAAGAGGAAGUCACUCAGCCUCUAACUGCUCGACCAUGGCUAAUCUACAUCAUAAACUCAACCAGUCUUGGUGCCAUAAUUCUUAACGCAAUGAGAUCAAUAGACUUCAAUUGAAAUUUUCAAUUGCCAUCUAGGCUUGGCACCAUUUUUGUUGGGGAAGCAGUGCCAGAUUCCUACUGCCCUUUAUGGGAAGAAAUGCGUCCAGAAUGGCUCAAAUCCUACAAUUACAUCGCCUCAUUCUGGACUUGCCCAGCAGAGGAAAUUAUUUACUUCUAGCUAAAAUCCUUUAAUCAUCUUAAACAUCCCAAUUAAAAUCACCCUACAACCUUCUGUAUGCAAGCCUAAACUCUGCAAACGAUCCUCAACAUUAGCCUGGUUUCACUCUGAAUUAUCGAUCUCUGCACAUAAAACCAUGUAGCCUACAAUCUGCAGCUUUAUGAUGCUCAGAUGGCUGUGCAAGUUCUUCCACCUCAUCUACUGCUAUAAUCUCAACAUGCCCCUUUCAAGGAGCAGCAAUAGAAUUUGCUAGCAUGCCCCUGCUACUCCAUAUAGACCACAAGAAGCAGGAAGCUCCCAUUUAACUUCGUCUCUAAUCCGCACCUUGCCCUGAGAGUAUGAGUGUAGUUUUCAUUAGUGCUGAACAUACCAAAGGAUGUCAGUACACCCUGGUAUGUUAAACCACCUGCACACUGCAAAGAAACUAGUCAUUAGUAUGUAAAGAGUCUGGCUUAUAUGUUUGCUAAAGCUUUUAAAGAUGGGGACCACUUAGCUAUUUCUGAUUAAACCUGGAUAUAUUAACAGGCAGAGGCCAUUCAACUUCUUGAUCUUUUCCUUCAUUCAACUCGAUCAUUGUCGAUCUGUAAACCGAACUCCAUAUACCCACUUCAAAACUUUUAGCUAAUAAAAAUAAAAUCAAUAAAUUAAUUUUUUAUUCAUUUGUGGAAUUUAGAUAUUGCUGGUAUUUACUGGCCAUUUAGCUAUGUUGUUGAACUGAAAAGGCAAUUAAGAGCAGCACUGAAUUGCUACCACGUGCUGCAGUAGCUCUAAUGUUUUACUGAGAUCCAGUCCAUAAACUUUGGUGAGUCUGGAUUCGUACAGGCCAUACUGGGCAAUAAAAGCAGUUACCAGUCCCUGAAGGACGUCAGUAAAUCAGAUGUGUUUUUAUGAUAACCCUGUUGUUUCAUGGUUAACAUUAGUAAUUCAAGCAUUUUAUUACAGAUUUCUUUAGUUGAAUUUUACGUGAAUUUAAAAUUUCCACACUGCAUUUGAACUUGCUGCUUCAGAUCAAUGGUUCUGGACACCAGUCCACUAUGCUAUGAUCCCAUUUAAUAACUGAUUUGGCAUCAACUGUCUUUUGUGGAAGAGUUCCAAAUAUCAACACCCUCUGGGCUUUCAAACAGUGACUUACUUCACUCCUGAAUGGGACUGCCUCUAAUUUUUAGAUCCAUCGUCUUAAACUCCCCAACCUGUGGAAAUAAUUUCUCUUCACCUACCCAGCCAGUUCCCCUUCAUCUUGAAAGCUUCAAUUAAUUACCUCCCUACCUUCAAAAUUCUGGUCAC